CACGAGGGAACUCGACCAGCAAGUAAACUACUUCCUUAUUACGCCUGGGACAAAUUUUAAAAUAAAAAUACAUUUUUCUUUCUUAAGUAUUUUAGUCAGUCAUCAAACAUGUCUGGAAUUCCACCGGAUUCGUGGCAACCCCCCACAGUAUCUCUAGAGACGACUAUGGGAAUUCUCGUGGUAGAACUUUACUGGAAUCACGCACCAAAAACAUGCAAGAAUUUCGCAGAGUUGGGCAGGAGAGGAUAUUUCAACAACAACAGGUUUCAUCGCAUCAUCAAAGACUUCAUGGUUCAAGGGGGCGAUCCGACGGGAACAGGUCGUGGAGGUGCAUCUAUAUAUGGCAAGCAGUUUGAGGAUGAAUUGCAUCCGGAAUUGAAAUUCACUGGUGCUGGAAUUCUUGCAAUGGCCAAUGCAGGGCCAGAUACAAAUGGAAGCCAGUUCUUUCUCACACUGGCUCCAACACAGUGGCUGGAUGGCAAACACAGUAUAUUCGGUCGGGUCUGCCAAGGCAUGGGAGUUCUAAAUCGCAUUGGCAUGGUUGAAACUAAUAGCCAGGACCGUCCUAUGGAUGAUAUUAAGAUUCUCAGAGUGACUUUACCCAUCUGAGACAUUUCUGCUUUAAUUUUGUACAGCCAUUUUAUUACAUUAAACUUUAAGUUUUCAUAAAA